CUGGCCAGAAUAAGUUGGAUCUCGUCUGUCUUCACUGAAAUCCAAAUUCAUAUCAAAACUAUGGCGGUGUUGAAAAUAAGAAAAAUGAGCUGCUUUGGGGUUUGGACCUUUCCUGUAAUAGUGGCCGUGGUCUGUGCGCAAAGUGUCAAUGACCCUAGCAAUAUGUCAAUCGUAAAAGAAACUGUGGAUAGACUGUUGAAAGGAUAUGACAUUCGCUUGAGGCCGGAUUUCGGAGGUCCCCCUGUGGAAGUGGGGAUGAAUAUAGACAUAGCCAGCAUAGACAUGGUAUCUGAAGUCAAUAUGGACUAUACAUUGACUAUGUAUUUCCAGCAAGCUUGGCGAGACAAGCGGUUAUCCUACUCAGAGAUUCCCCUCAAUCUCACCCUGGAUAACCGGGUAGCGGAUCAGCUGUGGGUCCCGGACACCUACUUCCUAAAUGACAAGAAGUCUUUUGUCCAUGGUGUCACUGUGAAAAACAGAAUGAUUCGACUGCAUCCAGAUGGCACUGUGCUCUAUAGCCUGAGGAUCACCACUACAGCAGCUUGUAUGAUGGACCUGAGACGAUAUCCACUGGACGAGCAAAACUGCACAUUGGAGAUAGAGAGCUAUGGGUACACCACUGAUGACAUAGAGUUCUACUGGCGAGGAGGUGACAACGCUGUGACGGGAGUGGAGAGAAUAGAACUCCCCCAGUUCUCCAUUGUGGACCACAAACUCAUCUCCAAGAAUGUUGUCUUCUCUACAGGAUCCUACCCCCGACUCUCCCUCAGCUUCAAGCUAAAAAGGAACAUCGGCUAUUUCAUCCUGCAGACCUACAUGCCCUCUAUCCUGAUCACAAUCCUCUCCUGGGUCUCCUUCUGGAUCAACUAUGAUGCCUCUGCGGCCAGAGUGGCUUUAGGAAUCACCACUGUGCUGACCAUGACCACCAUCAACACUCACCUGCGGGAGACCCUUCCUAAAAUCCCUUAUGUCAAGGCCAUUGACAUGUACCUGAUGGGUUGCUUCGUCUUCGUUUUUCUGGCCCUGCUGGAGUACGCCUUGGUCAACUACAUCUUCUUCGGCAGGGGACCCCAGCGCCAGAAGAGGGCGGCUGAGAAAGCAGCUGUCGCCAACAACGAGAAAAUGAGAAUGGAUCCAAACAAGUGGUUGGUGGGAAAUGUAGUUCAGAGAGACGAUACUCUGUAUGCGAGAAUGAAACAGAGGGAUAUUGACGCUCAUGACUCAAUGUGGGAACCAAUCUUUGUGGAUGACGCAGCGAUGGGACUAGGCGAUCAAAAGAAUAAGAUGGACCCACAUGAAAACAUUCUACUGGGCACAAUAGAAAUUAAGAAUGAGAUGGGAGCGUCGGAGCUGACCCUUGGUCUCAGUGACCCCAGGAGCACAAUGUUAACUUAUGACAGCUCCACCCUGCAGUACCGCAAAGCAGGGCUGCAGGCCAGGCACAACUUUGGACGCAACACUCUGGAGCGGCAUGUGACUCAGAAGAAGAGCCGGCUACGGAGGCGUGCUUCCCAGCUGAAGAUUAACAUUCCUGACUUAACUGAUGUAAACUCUAUCGACAAGUGGUCGAGAAUGAUCUUCCCCACUGUAUUUUCCUUGUUCAACAUUAUCUAUUGGCUCUACUACGUUAACUAAAUGGACUUCAGCAAGGGCAGAACUAAACAAACAACAAAAAUGUUGCUUGUAUUUCUCUGAAUUGGUAUUUUGGUGUUUGUUCUUGCAACACAAGACUGAAUUACUGAAACAAAAUCAGGACUGAUUCCAUUUGAGCUUGGAACACCUUAAUUGCUGGCUAACACAUGAAAACCUUAGAGGAGAGAAAGAUUCAGAACAUAUAUGGUGCCUGUACCAGAGUUUUUGUUUAUAAUUUAGAUAAUUUAGUGAAUAUAGUAUUUUAUCAUUUUAAAGUGUUUGUUUGCAUAUAUUUUUGUUUUAUUUGUACAAUCUAUAUUUAAUUUGUUGCCAAAACAUAGUUAGAAAUAUUAAUGAUAUAUUGAUUUUAAAAUGACUCACAGACCAGAAAGACAUUCCUUAAUACAGCUACAAGCACAUUCAGGUCAAUCUUUUCUAAGGUGUAUUCAUUCAAAGAGACAGAUGUGAUGUUAUUUAUCCUACAAUUGAUUUUGUCUUUAUAUUGUGAAGUUUCCAUUUUCAUAGUAUUGCUAUAUGAAGUCAUAGCAUGAGGGUUUUAUGAUGAACCAACCUUUUCUACGUUGAUAUAGUUGACAAAUCAUAAGCUUUCUUUUAAGCAUUAUUUCAAUUCUAAGAAAACAUUUGAUAUUUCAAACAACAGAAACUAACAUCAUUCCAAACCUUGACCGAAGAAACUAGAAGUUCAAGCGUAUAGACGAUUCACAUUGAAUGCUAUAGCACACCGUACAGAGAAAUGUAUCACUAAGUGUAUCAAAUGCAUCACUUGAUUGAUAAAAUGUCAAGCCCCCUGUCAACUGAGAGGUUGAAUAUAUUGCAAAAAAGGGGGACAGAAGAAGAGAGAGAGACUGAGAAAGAGAAUGCUGCAUUAGUCAUCAAUGCAGUUCACGAGUCAGUGAUACAGGGAUAGAUGCUGUAUGUGAUCAAAAGGUAUCUUGAAGAUAGAUACACAAAUGUGUAUCUUAAUAUUGUCCUUUGUCCAUUUUAGUCCUUUGUUCACAUAUCCUUAAAAUUACAGGAUACAAUGAUGUAUUUGUUCAUGCUUGCUCUUCAUAUAGAUAUACCGAAACACACAUUGGCUCUAGUUUGUUAAGAAACAUCCAAUAGCACCAGAUAUGUCAUUCCUAGUCCUAAUGACUGAUGACAUUGAGCCAGCAGUUAAGGCGUCUAUCAUGGGCAUUUUGUGAUGCAUCACAAGCCAUUCUUUUCUAUCACAAUGAUGUGUAAAUAUCUCCUGUAAAAUGAUUGAUUGUUUAAAAAGGAAUGAUAUCUAUCAUAGUUCCAGAGAGGAUCCAUCCAGCAUUUGUCCAUUACAUAAUUCACUUCAGGAAGCUGGAAGGGUUUGCAUGACGGUUUUGAGCAACUCCACAUACUAAAUAUACAUUGUCAUGACUGCCAUUACUAACAUCCAGGUUUCGAUAUUAACCAUACAAAAGAACAUGUACGAAAGAGAGAAAAGCCUGCUCCUGCAAGCUGGUAAGACAAACCAGAAUACAUAAAAGCACAAUACUGCUCCAAAUCUUAAUUGAAAAGGGACUGUCCUCUUUUAUUUUAAAGAUAUGUUUCUUUUUUGGUUAUCAGUGCAUUCCAUUACUCUACUUUUCUGACAAAUCAUUACCAUAAGUAUACUGUAACAAUACUACUUUUCCUUCAAUUUUUACCUUAAUGGUGAUACUCCAUAAAGAAUCACGCCUAGGUAUAGCAUUGCCAGUAGUAGAAUCAGCAUUCAACAUACAGUGUAUUAAGACACCUUGACUUUUUCAAAAUUUUAUUACGUUACAGCAUCAUUCUAAAAUGGAUUAAAUCGUUUUCCCCAGCUCAUCUACACAUAAUACCCCAUAAUGACAAAGCAAAAACUGUUUUUUUAGAAAAUGUUUCAAAUUUAUUACAAAUAAAAAACUGAAAUCACAUUUACAUAAAUAUUCCUUACCCUUUACUCUGUACUUUGUUGAAGCCUCGAGUCUUCUUGGGUAUUACGUUACAAGCUUGGCACACCUGUAUUUAGGGAGUUUCUCCCAUUCUUCUCUGCAGAUCUACUCAUGCUCUGUCAGGUUGGAUGGGGAGCGUCAUUGCACAGCUAUUUUCAGGUCUCUCCAGAGAUGUUCGUUCAGGUUCUGGCUGGGCCACUCAAGGACUUGUCUCGAAGCCACUCCUGCUUUGUCUUGGCUGUGUGCUUAUGGUCGUUGUCCUGUUGGAAGGUGAACCUUCGCCCCCAGUCAGGUCCUGAGCGCUCUAUAGCAGGUUUUCAUGAAGGAUCUCUCUGUACUUUGCUCUGUUCAUCAUUCCCUCGAUCCUGACUAGUCUCCCAUUCCCUGCUGCUGAAACACAUCCCCACAGCAAGAUGCUGCCACCACCAUGCUUCACCGUAGGGAUGGUACAAGGUUUCUUCCAGAUGCGACACUUGUCAUUCAGGCCAAAGAGUUCAAUCUUGGUUUCAUCAGACCAGAGAAUCUUAUUUCUCAUGUUCAAAGUCCUUUAGGUGCCUUUUGGCAAACCCCAAGCGGGCUGUCAUGUGCCUUUUACUGAGGAGUGGGUUCCUUCUGGCCACUCUACAUAAAGACCUGAUUGGUGGAGUUCUGCAGAGAUGGUUGUCCUUCUGGAAGGUUCUCCCAUCUCCACGGAGGAACUCUGGAGUUCUUUCAGAGUGACCAUCGGGGUCUUUGUCACCUCCCCCGAUUGCUCAGUUUGGCCGGGCGGCCAGCUCUAGGAAGAGUCUUGGUGGUUGCAAACUUCUUCCAUUUAAGAAUGAUGUAGGCCACUGUUCUUGAAGAUCUUCAAUGUUGGAGACAUUUUUUGAUAGCCUUCCCCAGAUCUGUGCCUCGACACGAUCCUGUUUCUGAGCUCUACGGACCCCAAUUCCGUCGACCUCAUGGCUUGGGUUUUGCUCUGACAUGAGUUGUCAACUGUGGGACCUUUUAUAUAGACAGGUGUGUGCCUUUCCAAAUCAUUUCCAAUCAAUUGAAUUUACCGCAGUUGGACUCCAAUCAAGUUGUAGAAACAUCUCAAGGAUGAUCAAUGGAAACAGGAUGCACCUGAGCUCGAUUUCGAGCCUCAUAGCAAAGGGUCUGUAUACUUACGUUUUGCUUGUAGAUUGAUGAUCCGUUUUUUUUGUCAAUUCGUUUUAGAAUAAGGCUGUAACGUAACAAAUUGUGGAAAAAGUCAAGGGGUCUGAAUACUUUCCAAAUGCACUGUAAAUUAAGAAACCUCAAACAUUUUUUGACACCAAAACACACAAUACUGUAAUAAUACUACUUUCCUGUCUGUUUGUUUAACUUAUUAGUGAAACCCCGUGAAAAACCGUACACGUUGGAAUUUCCAUAUUUGACCACUGUCUUUAUAAAACAACAUUUUUCACAAACUGAUACAAAAGCCAUAGUGGCAGUAUAUUAGAUGUUCCAAAAUAACUUGGCACUCCCUCCAAACAGAGAUAGUUUCAAGGAUUAGACUAGACCAUUCGCAUUUCUCUAUUAUUUAACCCCCGCUCUUAUACUUACUUUCCUUGGAAUAGUAAUGGAAACAAAAACAGGGAUAAAUGCACAAAUAUUAUCAAUGAUUUAUCUUAGUGAUUUCUGAUCUGAUUUGAUGAACCCUAGAUGAUCGGUAACAAUAAAAUAUAGAAAACAUGUCCAUGAA